AAUCAGACCAAUUGGGUGGGGAAAAUUUAUAUAUAAGUGAUACUCGAAAGUCGUUAAGGCAUAUAUUAUUUUUGAAAAACAUUAGAUACGAGUGUUAAUCACUAUGAAUGCGAUUUGCUUUGCUCUUUUCGUCGUGUCUGCCGUAGCAGUCCCUCAAUAUCAGCCAUAUUCUCAAAAUCUGCAGAACGUCCCCAUUAUUUCGCAAACGAAUGAUAUAUAUCCUGAUGGUCGCUUUAGUUACAGCUACCAAAGUGGUGAUGGUCAACAAGCUGAAGCAAGAGGUGCUCCGAGAGCUUCUGCAACAUCACACGAACCUGCCGAAGUCAUUCAGGGUUCUUAUUCAUACACUGCCCCCAAUGGUUCGCCUGUGGCAGUGAAAUAUACAGCCGAUGAAUUCGGAUUCCAUCCUGAAGGUUCCCACAUUGCAUUAAACUCCGUGGUUCAACCUGAAAAAUCCGCAACAAACCAGGAGUUUGUUUAUCAGCCAAAAGUUACCGCUUACUCUCAGAAUUAUUAUAGGUCAUAUAAACCCUACAACAGUUAUCAUCCUUAUUACAACCGACGGUACUAAUCAAAAAAUUAUUGUGAAGAAAAGGUCUAUCUGUACCCAACUUAAUUGUAAUAAAGAACAUAUAAUAUACUAAA